AUGCUUGACUUUAACAAAACUCUUAAGAUUGAAUGUUAUGCAUUUGGAGUCGGAAUAGGAGCUGUUUUGAUACAGAAAGAAAAGCCAAUUGCAUAUUUUAGCGAAAAGCUAAAUAGAGCAGCCUUGAAGUAUCCAACUUAUGACAAGGAGCUUUAUGCACUCAAAAGACCAUUCGUGAAUUGGCGACAUUUCCUUUGGCCUAAACAAUUUGUCAUUCACACUAAUCAUCAGUCUUCGAAGCACAUUAAAGGUCAAGGUGAAGAUUUGAGGAUGAAUCCUUUUAAGGAGAGAGGGAAUGAUGUAAUCCAUCAAGCUGACUCUUCAACUUCAAAUGAUCUUUUGCAAAUUCCAAGUGAGCCAAUCACAAGAGCAAGAGCUAAAAUAAUUAAACAAGCAUUAAAUGGGCUAGUACAAGAUACAUUGGCAAAGAAAGUGGUAAUUGGAUCAUCAAAACAGACUGAAGAUAAUGAGGACAUCACUAACUUCAUUUGGACUGAAAAUGGUACUACUGAACAUAUUUUGGGCUUUGAGACUUCCAAUUAA